GUCAGUAACACCUCUGUCUUUGUGUUUACGUUUUUUUCGUUGUUACUAUAAGGGUAUAUAUUAGAAAUUUCAAUUUAAUUGAUCGAAUUAUCUUUUAAGAUGGCUGGAGCCUAUCAAGACAGUGCUAGUAGCAGCUCGAUGCAUUCAGAGAAGUCAGGGAACAGUGGCUGGGUAGGAAACAACAAAGCGAAUAUGUUUGGUCUUUCGUUUAUUUGGUGUAUUUGGCCACUCAACCCGGUUGUUCUCGAUUACACAUGGAUUUGAAGAAACGAAAAAAAACCCUGAUUAAUUUGGAACGCACUGCUGCGUGCCUAUGAUAAACGACAAAGGAAACAGCAUAUGUUUGCCUGGAAAACAGGCGUGAGAGUACUACACCACGUACAAAUCUUUCCGAAAAAGGAUAAAAACAAAAACAAAAUAAUGUUGCAGAGCAGGUACUAUAUUGUCUGUUCGAGGUCCUCCACAAGGUUUCCUUCGGAGGAGUUGGCUGGUCUCCCACCAAGUGAGGCCUCUGUAACAAAUCUGUCACGUGACUCAAGUUUUGCCAGAAGCUCUACACAAUGCAGAACAAGACGGACAACAUCAACACCUCAUUAUUGGGCAGUGACUCGUUUAAGGUUGACGACACAUUUGGAUACAGUGAUACGACACAUGUUUCACUCUCUGUUUCACUGCGGGAAAAAGACCAAGAGAUAAAUACUUGCUCAUUGCCGAAGGAUGCCAAGGAUGACACUCGGCACUGCACUCCAAUAGAACUUUAUCGAAACUACACAGAAUCACCCCUCCUACCCCCUACAGGAGACUCUCACAGCUCCUCAAUCGGAGAGCUUACUGUUGACGGAAAGCUGGUCUUCCCCUGGAUGGCAAAGACUGUAAAAAAAAACAAGCAGAAAAGUCACAGCAUCUGCGAUGCGUCCUUCGGUGCAGAGAGCCGACCAGAUGGCUCAGGUGGCUGUAAAAGGACGCGCACGUCUUACACUAGCAAUCAGUUGCUGGAGCUGGAGAAAGAGUUCCACUUUAAUCACUAUCUAGGCAAAGCGCGACGCCUCGAGAUGGCCAACCUACUGAAGCUUAGCGAAAGACAGAUCAAGAUAUGGUUUCAGAACCGCAGGAUGAGGCAUAAAAAAGAUACUAAGUUGAAAGUAACCGACCCGCCCCCUGCUCCGAAUGCACGUCUUCCGUCGUCCCUGCAAAUGGACAUUAGAGCUUCACUUAAAUUAUCUACCGAGAAUUGCACCAAUCGCCCGUCUCUUAGCAAAGCUCGAAAUGAUGCAUGCUGUAUGAGCCAGGUUUUCAAAAAUCCUGAGGGUCAUUGGCCUUACGCACAAAAACACAGACCUUCAAAUUACCAACACACUAGAAGGGUAAAUGACGAAACUGAUUUCUCCGUUAGCAGCAGAGGCUUCUUCCAUAAUGUUGAAGCAAACUGUGAGCAUUUUAUAGCGUUUUCAGAGCCCCGAAUGAACAGGCUUAGUCAUUUUAUGUCUCAUGAUACGGCUGUUCAACAGAGAGCAUGCCAAAAUCACAGAACAUGGCCCCUAACUUUGCCCAGUGAAUAGGCAAUCAAAUGUCCGAACAUCUUUCACGCACAAAAAGCGCACUUUUAUUGCAAAAAACAGGCCGGAUGACCAUUCUUUAAUCUUACUUCCAACACAGAGUAGUUAUAGCAGUUGUAUUAGUGUAAUAGCCCUUAGUGUUAUGAGGGUACCAUUCAAAUAAUAAUAAAAAAUUACAAAUAUGUAAAUAUAGUAUUCAAAAUUAUUUAUCCGGCUAACAACAGAUUUGUCUUUGGGUGAGCUUUUGUUGUCUUAAUAUGCGUGAUUUUAAAUAUUUUUAUGACCUGCAUGCAAUAAAAACGAAUGUGUCAAUAUCUAGUUUGUUCACCCUUCGUGUUUUCGUUUAGUCUUUGGGGAAAUAUAUUUAUUGAUAUGAUCUCAUGGAGAACAGCUUGCAUCUUGCAUCUUUAAAUAUAUUCGUAGCCAUGUCAUUCAAAAUGUUCUUGGUGUCUCCUAAAGUCACCUAAAAAAUAUCACCAGCCUUUUCCGACUUACUUUAAAACAAGAAAAUAAGAAAACGGUGCAAGUUGGAACUUAGUGUUCGUUGGAAACUCUUUUCGUCCAUAAACAACAAAACCUAUGAGCAUGUUGAAUAGCUUUCUAUCCAUAAGUAGUCUGUAACAAAUCCUCUCUAUGGAAAACAUCGUAAAACCCUAAAACUGUUCCUACUGCUGUGAUCAAAUUUUCAUCAGACAUACCGCGCUAGUGUGUGCGUUUAUCUGACUGAUGAGAAGGUGCCAUUCAUCUGUUUGUCAUGUAAAUACGAGUUCAGUUGAUGGACACUCGCUACGCCCAAACUACAGCUGCAGUUCGCACGCUAUUGGUGGACUUUUGGUCACAUGAUCUGUCACUAGGUUGAUAUGUAGCCCGACAGAACUUUUGAGGUUUGACAUACUGCUUAGAGGUGGUAGGGCAUUGGGGUAACACGCCGACGUUUUAUUGACCCCCUUUAAAAAAUUACUAGUGAAGAAUCGAAAA